CUGAAAACCCCCAUGCAGGUGACCAGCGAUGGCCACUCAGUUGGACCCAACAGAGAAGCCAUUCAAUGGAGAGGUGAGCGCUGAACACGCACUUGAUCCUGUGGAGAAGGUUGUUCUUGCAGUCUUCCUGACCACAAUCAUCAUCCUGACGGUCCUCGGCAACCUGCUGGUUAUGGUAGCACUUUGCAAGGACAGACAGUUGAGGAAGAAGAAGACCAACUACUUCAUAGUGUCUCUGGCAUUCGCUGACCUCCUGGUGGCACUGGUAGUAAUGCCUUUUGCGGCUAUUGAGCUGACCACAGGUAGCUGGAGGUAUGGAGAGACCUCCUGCCUGGUUCGUACCUCGCUGGAUGUCUUGUUGACCACAGCCUCCAUCCUGCACCUGUGCUGCAUUGCCCUGGACAGGUACUAUGCAAUUUGCUGUCAGCCAUUAGUGUACAGGAAUAAGAUGACGCCCAUAAGAGUGGCUCUAAUGCUGGGUGGCUGCUGGGUCAUCCCCUCCUUCAUCUCCUUUCUUCCCAUAAUGCAAAGCUGGAACACCAUUGGCAUCGAGGACAUUAUCGAGGAACGGAGGCGGAGCAGUGCCACUAAUGAGACGUUCUGCAUCUUCCUGGUGAAUGGCCCAUACGCCCUGGUCUGUUCUGCUGUGGCCUUCUAUGUCCCUCUAGCCCUAAUGGUGCUUGCGUACCGUCGCAUCUACGUGACCGCCAUGGAGCAUGCCCGGCAGAUAGGCACACUGCACCGAGCAGGCUCCGCCCCCGAGCACCAGGCUGGGCCCGACCACCAGGGCUCCAGUCGCAUCAAAGUGGAGGCCAAGGCAGCCAAGACACUGGCCAUUAUCAUGGGCUGCUUCUGUCUCUGUUGGGCACCCUUCUUCCUCACCAAUGUGGUGGACCCAUUCAUACGUUACAGUGUGCCCUGGCAGGUGUGGACAGCCUGGCUUUGGCUGGGCUACAUCAACUCGGGCCUCAACCCCUUUCUGUAUGCCUUUCUAAACCGUGCCUUCCGCCGUGCUUUCUUAGUCAUCUUGUGCUGCGGGGACGAACGCUACGUACGCCAGGGCAGCUUUGGCCCCACACGGCCCUACACAGCCUCCUUCAAUGGGACCUCCAUCGCUCUCAGGCUGGCCUUCCCACCUAGCCGGGGCAGCAGUGACAAUGGCUGUCGGAUCCUUUCCAGCGAGCCGGAAUCUCAGGAGUCGGUGGGCACCACCUAGUGGAGCUGGCCACCGCUGCAGUAUCAUUGCGAGAGAUGCUCCAAAUGGAUGAUUCUUCAAGGUGGACCCACCCCUUAUAGCUGGACCCACUCGCAUGGCCAUUCGUCACGGGGACCUAAUCGAACUGCUUCAAGCCCCAGCGCUGGAUCGAAAUGGGCUGGACAUUAAACUAUUACCUUUUUCCUCUGCUGUAUAUUCCAGCCGCACUCCCUCUGUUAGGGCACAACGGUGUACUGGUGUGACGCCAUCAUCCGAACGGGUGCCUUUAACAAAUCACGUUAGAUACAUCCCUUGAACAUAGAAACACACCCCAGAGGGGUGUACACUACCUGCGCUGCCCUAGUCAACCUAGAUGUACAGCUGUACCAUGUUUGAUCUGGGUAUUUCACGCUGUUUUCCCUUUAUUUUUUUGUAGGAGAAAACUAAGAAUGAGCCAAGGACUUUUCCAGUGGCAUGCACAUGCCAAUAGAGAUCAAGAUUGUUGUAAACAGUGGUAAAGAUUGGGUCACCUCUUGAAGAGGUCUGAAACAGG